AUGGAAACAUGUGCAUAUCUUACUGCGUUUCUAAUAUUUUCUCCUAUACUCGUCAUUAUUGUCAGAGCUUUAUACUUGAUCUACCAAAUAUCCACAACAGACUCAAGAUUAAUGAGUGAAAAUUCAUCAUUGAGAACAAUUUUAUGUAUAGGAUCUGGUGGUCACACUACAGAGUUGUUGAGACUUGUAAAAAAUUUAAACUUUGAUAAAUAUCAACCCCGUUUAUAUAUUCUGGCAGAAAAUGAUGUCAGUAGUGAAGUAAAAAUUCAUAAGACUGAACAGAUUGUACCAAAUGUAAAUACAAAAUAUACAUUGGGUAGAAUACCUCGCAGUAGAAACGUUUUGCAGUCAUUUUUAUCAUCAAUUUUCAGUACUAUUUACGCUACCUUGUUUUGUGUUCCACUUAUUUUUAAUUUUAAGCCAAAUGUAAUUUUUUGCAAUGGUCCUGGUACAUGUGUACCAAUUUGCAUAGUUGCUUUCAUAUUAAGAUGUUUAUUUAUAAUAGAUUGUAGAAUAGUUUUUAUUGAAAGCAUCUGCCGUAUAAGAACUAUGUCUUUAACUGGAAAAAUACUUCAGUUUUUUGCAGAUAUUGUUAUUGUACAAUGGCCACAAUUGAGAGAUGUUUGCUUUAGGGCCAAAUAUUUUGGAAGGCUUACAUAA